AUGGCAGAUCAGAAGGCAGUCACAACAAAAAGGGUCAAAGAAACUACUUCGGAAACGCGAAAAUCUAAGUCAAGAAAGGAGACUUCUGCAAAAGGAAAGACUAACAAGGUGGCGGAGAGAAAAGGGACGGAUGCGAAGGGGACCGGCGUGAUGCCGAGCGACGUGGAGUUGAUAACGGAUUGGAAGAAGGAAAUAGCUUCAUUCUUCCGAGAAAUGAGAGAUGAAGGACGAGCUAUAGCUGAGGAAAUGAGGGUGAAGAGUCGAGAAAGGAUAGGGGAAUGCCUGAGGAAUCAGAGCGAAUCGGUAGCAGAGCAAAUAUUCCGAUCGAAAAUGGCCGCGACUGAAGAUGGGGCUGAUAUGAGGACUUUUCUUAGUCUGACGGAGCAAGAGUUUCGAGAAAUGAAGAUUUCAGAGGAUCAAUGGGGAUUACUGGUGAGGGAGUAUUUAACCGGACGGGCAGUCAAGCAGUGGGACUAUGUAUAUAGAUCAGGGAUAGACAUGACAAAUUGGUCUCUAGUGGGUGAAAGGCUCUGUGAGAGAUUCCGCGUAUUACCACGGGAUAGCAUGAUAUUUAAGAUGAAGGAAAACGUAUGGAAGGGAGACUACAAUGAGUAUACAAAUGCGUUUACGGAUAUAGUGAUUACAGGAGAAGAGUUGCCAGAAGAGGAAUUGGUUAUGUUUUAUCUUGCGGGAUUACCCGAGGACAUUGGAGAUAAGUUGACGGAACAUGGGAAGAGGGAAUUUCCUACUUGGCAUGAAGCAGCAAAGGCAUUAAGAGAUUACAUAGUUCCGAUGAAUGCUUGGCGGUCAAAGAGAAAACGCACGGAAGGGGACACAUGGGAAGGGACUGCCCUCUGCGAAAUGGAGUAA